UCCUCCGUCCUCUGCUUCACUUCCUCUCCGUCAGCAUGGCCUCCCCACGCUUGGAGACCUUCUGCUGCCCCAACCGAGACGAUGCCACUGACUUCAUCGUCAACUUCCAGCCCGUCUUCUUCGGCGCCAUCUGCAUCGGCAGCGCCGGCCUCAGCCUGAUCUUCUCCGUCCUGCAGAUCCUCCCCAAACGCCGGGGAUACCGCCGCCUCGGCCAGUACCCCCUCCCCAAACCCGCGUCUUCAUCCAGGAUCCUCUUCAUCAUCAGCAUCUGCGACAUCCUGGGCUGUGCAGGAAUCAUCGUUAGGUCGUCAGUAUGGCUCGGGCUGCCCGGCCUCAUCGGGGAAAUCUCUACAUCCAACAGCAGCGAGGCCUGGCCUGAGGUCUUCUGCGUGGGGAGCGCUAUGUGGAUCCAGCUGUUCUUCAGCGCCUCCUUCUGGUGGAUGUUCUGUUACGCUGUGGACGUUUUCUUAGUGGUGAAGAGAUCCGCGGGGAUCAGCACCAUCGUGCUGUAUCACAUGAUCACCUGGGGGCUGGCUGUGCUGCUGUGUGUGGAGGGCGUGGCCAUGCUCUACUACCCCUCCAUCUCCAGCUGUGAGAACGGUCUUCAACACGCGAUUCCACACUACAUCACCACCUACGCCCCCAUGCUGCUGGUGCUCCUGGUUAACCCCAUCCUGUUCACCCGCACCGUGACUUCUGUUACGUCACUCCUGAAGGGCCGGCAGGGGAUCUACACCGAGAACGAGCGGCGCCUCGGAACCGAGAUCAAAAUACGCUUCUUCAAAAUCAUGCUGGUGUUCUUCAUCUGUUGGCUCCCCAACCUGAUAAAUGAAGGUCUGCUCUUUUACCUGGAGAUGCAAACCGAUAUUAAAGCCAGUGAUCUGAAGAACGUCCGAAACGUUGCCCUCAUCACCUGGUUCAUCAUGGGGAUCCUGAACCCCAUGCAGGCGUUUCUGAACACGCUGGCGUUUCACGGCUGGACUGGUUUGGACGUGGAUCUGAGUCUGCAGCCGCGGCGGGAGCUGGCCUGGGACUCCGCCUCCACCUCGCUGGUGACGGCCGGCGGCUACAACACCAUGGUGGCGUCGACGCUGCUGUACCAGAGCCACGUGCAGGAGGGCAAGAAGCUGGCGGGGAACGGGCACCACCAGGCGUCCGACGCCGCCAGCGUCCUGUCUGAAGGUUCAGAGUCUAGUACGAUUGAGAUCCACAUAUCGAGUGAGCUGAGAGACGGAGAGGAGGUAGACGCUGAAGCAGAAUCGCUGGAGAACUCGAUGAAGCACUAACAGCCUAUAAAACUACUGAAAUACUGCUGCCAGACGCUCCUCUUUUCACUCGUCUUUAUUCAGACCUUACUGUGUUUUUAUUUAAAGCUUAAUACAGUUCUACAGAGCGUCUGUGGUGACAUCAUGUAAAAAAGGCUCAGAAGCGUUUCUGAGUGGAGAAGAAUAUGGAUAAAAUAUAGUGUUUAAUGGUACCAGUGUGCUGAACCACCAUCCCUGCUAAGACUAAUAUAUAUUUAUUAUAAAAACUGGGGUAUCGGGUCGCUUUACGCGGGAGUUCUUCUUCUUCUGUUCACGUCAUGCAUCGUCUUUACGUACUUACGUCACACGUACAGCCUCUAAAAGAGGAUCCGGCUCAGUUUUACUGAACGCGAGCGGCUGGUGGAGCAACGGAGACUUCAGAAGAGGAAACUCAGAGCUCAGUAGCUCAUUCACUCAUAGUAAAACCAAAGAAACGAAGGAGUGAAGAUUCUCUCUCUGACUGAACAUGACCUGGAAUCGGAUUCAUCCGCUCUGAAAGAAGGAGACCGCAUCACACCCGCCCAGUUUAAAAUGAUUCUUCAGCAUGCUUGGUGCAAUUACCCAUUCUCACCAGAGAGGCGCUAAAUCCCCUAAAUCUCAAAACUUACCGAAAAAAAUCAGCUUUAAGGUAAAUUAAUGCAGAUGAAGAAACUAAAUAUUAUAUCUAAGCUCCUUUGAUCCAAGGAUAAUCUUUAGUAAGAAAAUGGAGAAUAAACUGGUUUAUUAUCUCGUUCCCACGCCUUAAUAAAUCAUAGCCACGCAUUAUUAUUCUUUUUUUUUACAUGAUGUCACUCUUUAGGGGCUCUGUACAGUUUAACUGGAAGCGUGUAUUCAUUUUCAUCACUUAUGAUUUGUUUUUCACUGGAGCUUCUCAGAUUCCACCGCAGGUGAACAAAAUCUCACCUGGAGAUCAAUAUAAGAGAAGUUUGGAAAAGUAUCACGAUUGAUCACUGAGGCCGUUUCUCAGUUUAGGUUCUUGUCUGUACUUGUGCUCUUAUGGACUCGUGAAACGUCAUCAGUCGCCUGCCAAGUUUGCAGUUUAGUUUACUAAAAAUACCCAGAUGUGUUCUUGCUCCAUAGUAUCAAAGUAUGUAAUGGCGUAAAAGAAAGUACCUACCGUAUGUGACAGAUUAUAAGGUGCACAAUCAAUAAACGUCUAUUUUCUGGUACAUUUUAAGCAACAAUAGUAAGGAACACGGGUGUUGCCAUGUUCGCCUUCUAAUUCAGCAAACAGAACUGUAAUUCUUAAAAAAAAAACAUUUUCUUUUAAAGUUAAACGCUUAGCGCUAGUAAAUGUCGCCCGACAGCGCUACACUGAGGAACCCCCGAGUGUUCCAUUAACCCAGGGCGCUAUCAGCUAGCGGUUCGUCCAGCAUAGCUAAUCAUAACACAGUAAACAUGCAGAGCUAGUGCUUAGCACGAUUAGCGGCUAAUGCUAAUACUGCUCCAUCCUUAGUGCUGGAGAAACUUCACUGAAGUGGCUUUACUGCUCCUUGAUACCUGAUUGUUAGUAUUCAUUCAUACCGUGCACUGAAUCUGAGCCCAGUGAUCAAUUUUAGUUUUUACAGAACUUUUAUUUCAAGUAAAAAUAUUUGAGUCAAAAAGUCAAAACUGUACAGCAAACUUUACCUUUUUUUUGUGUUAGAAAAAUGUGUAUAUAGAUGAGUAUAUGAAAGGUCUUUCACUGCGCUGAACUUUUAAACUUAUGUCAGUAAUGAAGAUUGUAAAGAUGAAUGUGUGUUGUUAUUUUUUACAUUUCUACUUGUCAUUAAAGAACAUUUUAAAUUUG